GUCCGGUUAAAAUGGCGUUGUCGACAGCGAGGGAGCGCAGCUAACACCAACCGUGGUAUUUAUUCCGUUGAUCUCGAACGAAAUAUCAACCGCCGCCGCCGCCGCAAUGGCUGCCCUGGACCAGAAAUCACCCAACGUGCUUCUCCAGAGCCUGUGCUGCAGAAUCACGGGGAAAAGCGAAGCUGAAGUUGCCCACCAGUUCCAGUAUGCAGUGCGAGUCAUUGGAAGUAACUACGCCCCCACUAUUGAACGUGAUGAGUUCCUUGUGUCGGAGAAGAUCAAGAAAGAAUUGCUCAAACAGAGAAGAGAGGGAGAUGCCGCUCUGUUCUCAGAGCUCCAUAGAAAGCUUCAGACUCAGGGGGUUUUAAAGCAUCGCUGGUCUGUCCUAUAUUUGCUCCUCAGCCUCUGCGAAGACCCCCGCAAACCAUCCAGCAGGGUGGGCAACUAUGGGGCGCUGUUUGCCCAAGCGCUCCCAAGGGAUGCUCACUCCACUCCAUUCUACUGUGCCCGGCCUCAGAGCCUGGCCCUCAGCUACGGGGAGAGGACAGGGGCCUCCGGUGGCACCACAGUGGUUGCUGGGGCCCCUGGAGCUGGGGGCCUCUCGGGUACUUUGGGGACAAGUGGCAUCUCUAGUUUAGGAGUGUAUUCACUCAACGGACCGACGCCAACGCCACAGUCACUACUGUCCGGACAACCUCCCCAGUCAGCAGCGGGUGGUGCUCAGUCAUUGGGAUCUCGUUUGGCCUGGGCUCUUCCUAUAAGCUCCUCUCCCUCCUCUGCCCUUGCCCCACCAACUUCACGGCCUCCAGUUGGACCUCCCACUCUCUCCAACAGGGCCCUCCGCCCACGCAGAGAUGGAGACCCUAAUUCGGAGGUGAGUGAGGCGGCGCUGGUGCGCGACAUCCUCUAUGUGUUCCAGGGCAUCGAUGGCAAGUUCAUCAAGAUGAGUGCCCAGGACAACUGCUACAAAAUAGACAGCAAGGUGGUUUUGUUCAAGCCUCUGAGGGACAUCAGCAGCAGGUUAGCUGAGCUGGGCUGGCUCCACAACAAAGUUAGGAAGUACACCGAUGCCCGAAGUCUAGACCGAGCGUUUGGAUUGGUCGGACAGAGUUUCUGUGCCUCUCUCCAUCAAGAGCUCAAAGAAUACUACAGGCUCCUCUCUGUGCUCCACUCCCAGCUGCAGGUGGAGGAUGACCAGGGUGUGAACUUGGGAGUAGAAAGCAGCCUCACCCUCAGAAGACUGCUGGUGUGGACAUAUGACCCCAAAAUCCGACUCAAAACGCUGGCCGCGCUCGUCGACUUCUGCCAAGGUCGGAAGGGGGGUGAGCUAGCGUCAGCGGUACACGCAUACGGUAAAACAGGAGACCCCCAGAUGAGAGCGCUGGUCCAGCACAUCCUCAGUCUGGUGUCACACCCCAUCCUUAACUUCCUGUAUAGAUGGAUCUAUGACGGAGAGCUGGAGGACACCUACCAUGAGUUCUUCGUUGCAUCGGACCCCAACGUUAAGACGGACCGUCUGUGGCAUGACAAGUACUCCCUCAGGAAGUCCAUGAUCCCCUCAUUCAUCAUCAUGGACCAGGCCCGCAAGGUUCUGCUGAUUGGUAAAUCCAUCAACUUCCUCCAUCAGGUGUGUCAUGACAGGACGCCCCCAGGCAAAAUCACUCCAGCCUGCAAGUUUUCAGACACCCCCAAAGAUGCUGCAGAACUGUUGUCAGACCUGGAGGGGGCGUUUCAGGAGAAGAUCGGCGCUGCCUACCUUGACACCAGCAAAUACCUGCUCAACGUUCUCAACCGCAACUACCUGCUGCUAGAGCAUCUCCAAGCCAUGAGGAGAUACCUUCUGCUGGGUCAGGGGGACUUCAUCAGGCACCUCAUGGACCUGCUUAAACCAGAGCUAGCUCGUCCUGCCACCACUCUCUACCAACAUAACCUUACUGGUAUCUUGGAGACUGCAGUCAGAGCCACCAACGCCCAGUAUGAUAACGCAGAGGUCCUCAAGAGACUGGAUGUACGCCUGUUAGAGGUGUCGCCCGGUGAUACAGGCUGGGAUGUCUUCAGUCUUGACUACCAUGUUGAUGGACCAAUCGCUACGGUUUUCACCCGGGAGUGUAUGGGCCACUACCUGCGUGCAUUCAACUUCCUGUGGAGAGCCAAGAGGAUGGAGUACACACUGACUGACAUCUGGAAGGGGCAGAUGUGCAACGCUAAGCUGCUCAAGACCAUGCCUGAGUUAUCGGGGGUGCUUCACCAGUGCCACAUCCUGGCCUCAGAGAUGGUCCACUUCAUCCACCAGAUGCAGUACUACAUCACAUUCGAGGUGCUGGAGUGCUCUUGGGAUGAACUGUGGAACAAAGUCCAGCAGGCUCAGGACUUGGACCACAUCAUCUCUGCCCAUGAAGUCUUCCUGGAUACCAUCAUCUCUAGAUGCCUAUUGGAUAAUAACAGCAGGUCCCUGUUGAACCAGCUGAGGGCCAUCUUUGACCAGAUCAUUGAGUUUCAGAACGCCCAGGACACACUCUAUCGCUCGGCCCUGGAGGAGCUAAGUCUACGACUGCAGUUUGAGGAGAAGAAGAAGCAGAGACAGGAGGAGGGGGUGUGGGGAGUGACAGGUGAACAGGAAGCGGAGGAGAACAAGAGGAUUCAGGAUUUCCAGGACACCAUACCAAAGAUGCGCUCACAGCUCCGCAUCCUCACACAUUUCUACCAGAGCAUAGUACAACAGUUUCUGGUGUUGCUGACGACCAGUUCGGAUGAGAGUUUGCGGUUCCUCAGCUUCAGACUGGACUUCAAUGAACACUACAGGGCCAGAGAGCCGAGGCUGCGAGCCUCGCUGGGUGCCACUAGGGGGCGGCGAUUAUCAAACAUCUGACAUCACAGCGAACACAGUGAGGACGACAGUGAUGUCACAGUAAGGCUGGAAAAGCAGAACUUCCUCUGAUGGGAGAUUUUUAUUUUUAUUUUUAUUUUUUGUACAUCACCGGGAGUGAUCGUGACAUAAGCAGGGAUUGGACAGUCAGAAAAUUGUAAAACAGGCAGACCAACAGCACUUCCUGUGGGGAUGAAACCAUCAGAAAGCUCCAGUGCUGACCUCACGAUGCUGAAGGUCCAGGUGGAAACUUUUAAGAACUAAAGACUUAAUGGUGGCUAAAACUCAACGUGGUCAAACGGCACCUAUCCAAAAUUGUGAUAAACGAAUUGCAAAGUUGAGCAGAGUCCUGUGGAUUAAAUGUUUUGAGACUGAUUUUGUGGCGUGGUUGGAAAGCUGAGAGUAAGUAAACUUUAUUUAUAUAGCACCUUUUAAGAGCUGAGACAUCACAAAGUGCUUCACAGAGGAAAUAAAGCGUAAACAUGCAUACAGACAUAAAACGCAAUAAAAACAAAUAGAAAAAUUACACAAAGGCAAGUCUAAACAAAUGGGUCUUGAGCUGCUUUUUAAAAGUGUCCACAGAUCUUAAGAAUUUGAUGGGGAGCCAGUCAAGAGCAAUCAGAAUCUGUCACCUGAGACCUUUUUGAGGACCUGGUCAAGAGUUUUAGCAGCAGCAUUUUGGACCACUUGUGAACGAUCCAGGGUAGGGCUGCACGAUAUGUCGUUUCAGCAUCGUCAUCGUGAUGUGCGCAUGCGCAAUACUCACCGCAGGACAUGCGAUGCGAGGGAAGGCAAAUUAACUCUAAACACCUCUCGACACAACUUUUUGUUGCUUGAUACAAAAGGGAAACUCACGCGGUUCUCACCUUCCAUGAUUAAUGUACAAGAGGAGUCUGUUACAUAACAUAAUGUUCUCCGAUUUAAUGCUCGGACUUUAAUGUAAAUAAACGUAUCCAAAUGAACUGGUCAACCUUCUUCGGCUCAGACCUUUGUGAUUUUACGCUUCGUUUUGGACAAAUGACACAUCGAUGUGUUCAUCUGCUCCUUGGCUCGUGAUGGCGCGGAUUGCAGUUAUAUCCUCAGACCCGAGCCCGGCAGGGCUGUGGUCCCUGGGCCCACCGGAUGCAGCAGACCAGCCCCCCCCCAACCAAUCCAACGCCAGCUCCCCCAGCCAGACACCGCAACACCUCCCCACACUCCACACGACGACCACACUAAAAACACAGUCAACGCUAGGUGAGGCUGCCGCCAGACCGCUCUCCGUGUUAUCAGAACUGCUGGUCUGCGUGGGCUAGCAGUUAGCUUAGGCUGCCCCGCUUCCGCGUCCUGUCAGACCACCCUUGGUGUUUCCUGCUCAGGUGCAGCUCCGGGCAGGGCUGCAGUCCCUGGCCCCAUUGGAUGCAACGGACCAAGCUCUCCCAGCCGAUCCAGCGCCAGCUCUCCCAGCCAUCAAACAAAGACACAAACUUAGACGUGGGCAAAGACACUGCUUGGACGGUACUGGGUGAAGCGCCACAAACCUAAGUUCGCGCCGCCAUCUUCCCACGCCGGUACUGGGUGAGGCCGCUGCAACGUGAAUUUGCGCCGCCAUCUUCUCACACUCCCACACCAGUGUGCCAAUAUGAAAACAUUAUCAGAUAUCGCAAUGUGAGUUUUCCCCCAAUAUCGUGCAGCCCUAAUCCAGGGAUGUUUUGCUGAGGCAGGUGAACAGGAAGUAUUUUCACAAAUGAGCAUCAACACUUAGUGUAGGAAUAACUUGAAACAUAAGCCCUUGAUCUUUUCUUAUUAUUAUUAUUAUUUUUCCAGUUGAAACAAAGUAGAGUCGAGGGUAAACGGAACAGGCUGUUGUGGUGUUUAACUGUUUAUGAACUCCAUUAGAAAAGUGUUCACAAAAUAGGCAAAAGAAGAAAAAAAAAUCUGCCAGAGUUUGAUGAAAUUUUAAAACUGAACUUGUGUCAGCGUUCCCGCACUGGAAUUCUGCGUGUCUUUCUGUCUCCUCCAUUGUAUAGCACAUAUGUAUAGAAUAUAUGGAAACGAAACGUGUCACUUCUUUA